UCAUAUUGGUAAGAAAAAAAUGAAUUAAUUUUGAGCCAGGUUCUAUUUGCAUCCGUUUCAUUAACUCUUUCAAAUUUUCCAGGAUAUAGAAUUCUCUAAAGAGUGUAAUUAAUUGCAGUAAUUAAAAGUAACAAAUAUGCUUUAAUGCCAAUAUCAAUCUUCAUAACUUUGCAGUCCACUCUAAUGUUUACCUGUAUUUUAUGUUAAUCAUGUCUGCGUUACAAGGGAUGGGUUCCUUUAAUGAUGUUUUAGUAAAUUAAUAAAAUAUAAAAACAAUAGUAGACUUUUUUCUAAUUUAACAGUGCCAUAAAACUAAAACAGUAAUAAAAUCCAGAAAAGGCAUAAUGACAGCCUCUUCUGUAGUAUAACAUACAAUAAAAAGGUCUGAAAGCCAUUCAUUCUCAAAAAUAAUUAGAUAAUAUCGAAUUAAAAAAUUACCAUACUGUCCAAUAAGUCAUAUAAUAUCUUCUUCAAUAAUUAUUAUUAUUAUUUUUUAUCAAUUUAUUUAGUCCAUUUUAACAAUAAUAGUAAUCUUUUUCGGUAUAAAAAUGAGUACACUAUUUUUUUUAUUUUAAUACAAGAAAUAACCUCGUUUUUACCGUAACUUGGUUACUCCGUAUUGAAAAAUAACAACGUUAUGCCCAACUUAAAGAACCUCCGUUUUGCUGGCUUGUAAAUGAACGUUUAAUGGACCUGUCAAACCUAGUCGCGGCAAAAAAAAUUGUUUAACUAACACGUUUAAAAUUUAACUGAGUUGGUAUCGGUUUAGUCGUUUUAAAUUUAACUUGCAACGUCAUGUUCAUGAUGAUGGAAGACGAGCAGCAUCCUUUCUACCCUUACACGAAGGAAGAUGUUCAGGAGAUCAGACGAGAGCUAGGACUCAAGGAGUCCACCAUACAAGAAGAUGUGGAUGCUAUAGUCGACUGGUUUCAUAAACAACCGCAUUUAGUUGAAGCUGGAAUAGAUAGAAACUUCGUGGAGAGAAUGCUGAUCAUAAGCAAGGGCUCGAUGGAGAAAGUAAAACGCAGGAUAGACAAUUACUACAAAUACAGACUCUUGGCUCCUGAAAUCAUACAGAACAGGGAAAAGGUUCUAUCUGACUCCGAAGAUCUUUGGACUUCUUAUCUGCAGAUAGCAAUGCCGAAGCUCUUCAAGGGCCACAGAGUAUCAGUGGUGAAGUUCAUCAACCCAGAGCCGAGCGUCUUCUCCUGUGAAGCUUUCUUGAGAAAUACUUUUAUGCUGGCAGACAUACGUUUGAGAACAGACUACUUCCUAGGCGACAUUUGGGUGCUGGAUAUGAAGCAUGGUACCUUCGCACAUCUGCUCAGACUCAACCCGGCUCUCAUGCAGAAGUCGGCUAACCUUUUCCAUGAAGGUCUAGGAAUCAGAAUCAAGUCUAUACACAUCAUAAACGCCACGAGCGUACUGAACCACGCCAUUGGAUUCAUGAGGCAGUUCUUCAGCGCGAAGCUUAUGGACCGAUUGGUGAUCCACGAGUCCUUGGACGAUCUAUACAUGAGCGUGCCUAAGAGGUAUCUGCCAAAGGACUAUGGAGGCGAAGAACCAGCGAUGGCUGAGUUUAAAGAUAAAUAUGAGAAGGAGUUACGCAGCACGAAAACCAAACAGUUCCUAGUAGAGUCGCAGAAAAUGGUCUCGAAUGAGAAAAAGCGACCAAACUCAGAUAUCAAUGAAGAAUUCCUAGCGGGGUCCUUCAGAAAAUUAGAUUUCGAUUAAUGUUUAACGGGUUUUAAAAUAUUAAGGAUUUUUUUUAAAUUUGAAGUUAUGUAAAUUUAUUUUUCUUUGUUUUUUAUUCCCGCUCUACCUACUAAUACUAAACUUCUCGACGUAACUUCAUUGCUGUUGUUUUUCUGUUUCAAAACUAGCUGUUGUCAACGAAUUUGAAAAUGUAAAAUACUUUUUGUGUAAUAAUAAUUUGUACUAACACUUAAGUACAGCAGUACUAAACUAGUUCUUUUUCUCUUAGGUACUUAAUCAAAAAUUCUAGAAACAAAAUUUUGUAGAAAAAUAGAGAGCGGCCUACUGCGAUGCGUGUAGCGCUGUCUUGCUACCACAAUACACACUCUUAUUGCAAUCACAUAAAGUUGAUUUUCAUUGAUAACAACAAACAAAU